AUGAAGCAAAACACUCGAUAUGCCUCUCCUCCCAUGACCACAACCACCUCAUCGUCGGUGGGAGGCAUUUCUAGUCCUUCUCUACAACAGCAGCAACAAACAGCAAUAACAACAUCGGAAAGCAUGCUAUCGUCCUCCCCGCCUACUUUGCAUGAAACUAACAGCUUUGCAGUUCAAGAAGAGGAAGACAUGGUAUACGGAUAUUUGAAAGGAACGAAUGAGAGUCACUAUGUAUUGGAUAAGAAAAAGAUGAUAAUUGGAAAGAAUGCGGACACUUGUGAUAUUGUGCUGCCGAACAGUAAGACGAUUUCUGGAGAGCAUGCAAAAAUUGAAUUCAGGAAGACAUCUAAUAAGUCUUAUCAAUGUAUAUUAACUGAUCUUCAGUCACAAAAUGGAACUCUUGUAAACGACAAGAGAUUGUUUGUGGAUGUCACAAUGAAGCAAUUAAAUAGUGGCGAUAAGCUCAGAUUCGGAUUUGAUAAUAUUACUUAUACAAUAGAAUUACUUUUUGACCCAGAGCCAAAGAAUCGAGAAUCUAUGGAUGAGAGGGGAUUUAUUGGUGUAAAUUUAAACCCCGAUUUUAAACCAGCAAAAAGCAAAAUGCGUAAGAGCAAAUCUUUCGACAAACUUCCAAUGUCCAAAAAACCGGUUGCCAAAGUAUCAAAGCAAUUUAAAGAAAAAUUGGAGUCGCAACAAAAAGAAUUCAAAAGUUUACUCGAGCAACGCAGAACUCAAAAGAAAAGCAAAAACGACCCGUCUACACUAACAUUCCAAACAGCCACUGGUUCAAAAACGGUACCACUCUCAGAACUUGAAAGUGACAAUGAAGAAGAUUUGGUGUUAUCAGAGUCCCAUGAAACUCCAAAUGAAGAUUUCAAUGAACAUGGUCAAUCCAUGACACAAAAUAUCAACAACACUCACAACACAAAUAGACACAACUCAGAGAACUCUUUGGACAAAAUCUCUGAACGACUUGUAAAUAUUGAAAAAACAAUCAUGCUGGAUCAAAAGAAGGAAGAAAAAGAUCUCUAUCACAUGAACGUACUUGUAAAUACCGUACAUUUACUGGCACAUAAGCUGUUAAACCAAAAUGCAGAGUCUCAACAAACAGCUGAGAAAUUUAUUGAUCAUGAAAAGUCAAUGACUAUGAAAGAGAUAAUGAUCGAAAAGCUCACUGACAUCAAAAAAACUUUAAUGUCUUGCUUGACACAAAAUGAAAGAAAAGCAGGAGAAACUGAAAAGAAAAUUGUCGAACAAGAAGCUUUUAGAUCACAAGGGUUAGAGCGAUAUGCGACAGAGUUGCAGAAUGAGCUCGACAAUGUGAGGUUUGAGCUGGAACGGAAAAAUCUGCUUAUCGAAGAACUGAAACGACAAACACAAGACCGCAAAAAAGACCAAGACACAAUUAAAACGUUACGUGAGUGUCUCGAUAUGAAAGAUAAGGACAUGAAAGAAAUACAAGCACAAUUGACAUCACACUCCCUCGUUGGAUACACCAGCGAGGCAGCAAAAUCCAGAAUGCAAAAUUUAAUUUCAAAUUUAAUGAAAGAUCUCGAGGAAAGUAAGAGAAAAAAUCAUGAAUACCAAAUUCGACUCGAUAAGAGGUUAUUUGAAUGGCAACAACUGAAAGAAGAGAAUAAGAAAUUAAGUUUUAGAGCUUCCGAGCUACAAGAGACGAUUCAUAGGCAAAUGAACGAUUUACAUGUGGUCUUGAUGCACAAAGAACAAAAAAUCAAUGCAUGGAAAUCAAAAGUCGCUGAACUUGCAUCAGAUAAUAAUGAAAUGAGAUAUAGAGCUUCCAGUUUCUUACUUUCAUUAAUAAGCGAAGGAGACAGAAAAGAUACAGAACUCGUGUUAAAAUAUGAGGAAGUCAAACGAAGCUUAAGUUUCACACAAAUGGAAAACAAUGAAUUGCGAAUGGAAAUUAAUAAUUUAAAAGAUGUUCUCCAAUAUACAGACACUCACAGUACAAAACAUACCAUCGACAUGUUGAAAGACAAAAUUCAUCAAAUGGAAAUUGAAUGCUCUGUCGAGAGAGUGAUUGAAAUGCAGAACACCAUUGAGACAUUAAACUCGAAAGUAUACGAAAUGGAACGGCUACAAGCCCUCUAUCAACAUGAAAUAUCCAGAACGAGACAACAACAGAGACCGUUCAACGAAGAUGCAUGUGUUGCUUCAUUGGAAAGGACGUUGCAGCUCUAUGAAAAGAAAGUUGAAUCACUAAGCAAGCAGUUGGACGAAAAACAAAUGUUGCCGUCGCACGUGAGCAGUAACGAUUUAUUGUUUCAAGAGAUGGUUCCCAAGAAGAUCCAGAGGAAGCUCUCCACAGCCCAAGUACCUCUUACGGAGCAAGCAGUUGCAGAUAAAUUGAAGCAAGCAGAUGACGUUCGUAAUCUUUCCAAAGAUAACGCCACACUAGAAUCGAAAAAAUCCUCACCGAGAGAGGAGCCAAAAGUCUCAGAACUAACAACUAAUGACAUCGCUGAGAUGAAGAAAACACCUUCAGACACAGUUGAGAAGGACAAGAUCGAGACAAACGAAAACAAUUUAAUUAAAUAA